AUGUGGAAUAUAACAAAUGCAAACAGCGAUUGUGGCGGUGAUCGCAAAGGUAUACACGCCACUUUGAUUCAUACAUGUGAAUCCGAAAGAAAAACAGGCUCGGUAAAUAAUGAAACACCUGAACCGAAUAACCCCACAGAUUUCGAUAUACCACGGGCAGUUUCCCGUUCUGGCAAACGUCCACCAACCACAUUCAUCGAUUCGGCCGAUUGGAGCUUGUAUUUGCGCAUAUCUUGUCAGCUACGUCAAAUCAAGGUUACUUACGAGUGCACGGAAAACGACGCAGAAGAGAUACUAUACAAUGGACGCGGAAAACACGCCAAACGUAUCGUAAGAUUGGUGUGCGCAUUUAAUCGACUCUAUGCGGAAUACAGUAGGCUUUCAGAUCGACUGUCAAAGAACUCACGGAUGACAAAAAAGGCAACACAAUAUUCUGAAAUGAGUCAACCAAUAGACCUAUCAGAAAGUAAUCAAACGGGUAUAGAUCAAAAGCAAUCCAGUCCAACAACAAGGGCAAGCUAUGAUCCAUCGAGUACUGAACCACCCCGUGUAACAAACACUCUAAAUCAGGCCACAUUGUCCAGUGGAUAUGGUGACACAGGUGUUCUCAUCACUGACAUCACACUGGAACCAAGCAAUAUAAACCCAGUGCACACAGAGGAAGAACCGCAGAGCAUAAAAUCGGUCGAACAGUCACAACAACAGGUACCUGAUUUCAGUGAAUCUGCCUACCAGUACUCUGCAGCGCAUCGCACGCCUAUUCAAGCAGAGCCGGGUGAAACGCUGACUCCAUACGAAUUGUCAAUCAGUGGACCUACUAUUAUGAAUAGUACAUCAACAUCUCUGCAGUUGACUAACCGAGAAACGUCUGUCUCUAGCUGCAACCCAUCUGGCUCUUCGAUGGGAUCGCGACAACCUUUGAAUAGACCAUCUAACAAUGUUUGCUUUCAAUGGUGUGGUCGUGCUUUGCGGAGACCAGACAGUCGUGUACAGUGGAACCGCAAAAGAGAAGCAUUACGUCUAUGUAAGAAAUUGGAACGUCACAAUCAAAUGGAAUCUCGAAGUCGGUCUACGGCUUAUUCACGACCAACUCCGCGAACGCAACACUUCUACUACGAUCAAAUCAAUCGACCCACAGGCUUGACAAAUAUACUGGUUUAUCAGCAUGGAUCUCAUCGAUAUCUUAUUGAACAUGUGAUUCAUUCUGCGCAGUGCAACAUACCGAACGCAAUCCCUCAUCAACAAGAGGCGGGAACAGGAUCAAAACUGACCACCGUUCGUUUACCAAUUGCACUUGAAUUGAUACUACCGAAAAUGCAGUGCCAAAUCGAACGAGUUAUGAAACAUUGUGAGAACAUAUGCGAUCCUCUGGAGGUAGCGGCUGAACUCCGCCAGUCCAAUUAUGACACAGAGGCCUGCAUCGCAUAUUUUCGACAGAUCAGCGAAUUACGGGACGUGAUCAAUGAAUUUCUACCUCAAACUGGCAACAAAUUCGGUCACAAAGAUGCUUAUCAAGGGAAACAUCCCGUUUCUUCCACGGGUUAUGAAAUCACUAGUGGCACGAGCAGCACGAACUCAAGAAGUGGUUUGCCCACAAACCGAGAAAAUUACGUAAACACACUGCUGAUUCUCCGAGAUCAGAUCAUCACAGUAAGACGAUUGCACACCGAUGUGACUAAACGGUUGUCACGUCUGCGGAACAGUGUGACUGAGAUAAUUACCAAAUUGCGAACUGAUUUGGAAGAGAAAUUGGUCACCAAGUUAUGGACUUUCUUGAAUGCGGACAAAACAAACCAUGUGGAUUGCUCACUUCUCGGUAAACCGAUGGGUAGUUCAGUUUCCAGCGUGAAUGGAUGUGCGGGGUCCGGAAAUGGUGAUGUUCCAUUGGCCCAAUUGGCUAAGCUGGUACAAGAGAAUCGUUCACUCAAAUUAACUUUGCGCACAGAAGAGAAUCGACGAAGAGCCGUUUUUAACAUGAUGCAAGAAUAUUUGGGUAAUAUUCGAAUCUAUUGCCGAUGUCGAGGAAUAUUAAAUGUGAGCUCUUGCGUUGAUGCUCGCCCUUUGACUGACACCGUUUUACUUCACACAACAGCAGAUAACUCGAGCACAGAGACGUACAAAUUUGAUCGUGUAUUCGAUCCGUAUGCUACACAAUCCGACGUGUACACGGAAUUAGCACCAUCGGUUUGUUCAUUCCUAGACGGUUAUAAUGUCUGCUUUUUGACAUACGGUGGUGAAGCUAGUGGAAAAACAUACACGUUGCUUGGUGGUGAACCAGAUUCCGUUGACAAACAGGGAAUAGCUCAUCGGGCGCUUCGUACUGUACUGUCCGAACGUGAGGCACAUGUACACGAAUGGAAUUAUCACUUGAUCAGUGCCGUGGUCGAAAUCUAUAAUGAUACCCUGAUCGAUUUAUUAAGCUGUGAGAAAGGGAUCUCAAUCAGAGUGGAUUCCGGACCGGAUCAUAUGCUGGAGAAUUUACAAACCAUGGAUAUUGAACAAGAGUCCGAUGUUGAACAGCUUCUAGCUCUUUGUCGUGAACGUAGACAUACAGGUUGUACCGCACUGAAUAAUAAGUCUUCACGAUCUCAUUUAAUCAUAUUCGCCCGGCUGAGCGCGCGAAGUCGUAUUCACGACGCGCAUGUGUGCAGUCUGCUGGCUUUGUGUGAUUUGGCCGGAUUUGAAGAUAUUAUCAAAGCCGAAACUUUGAUGGACCCGGUACUGGCAAAAGAAGCCGGUUACAUCAAUAGAUCACUGACAGCGUUGAAUCGCGUUUUCAUGUCGUUGCGUACCCAAGAUCCGAACAAUGUUUCCUAUCGCGAUUCCAAGUUGACCUAUUUACUCAAGCCGUUUUUCACCCAUUCCGGCAAGUGUAUUCUCAUUGUUACCGUGCGCACCGAUCGGAAUAAUAUUGGAUCCACACAAAGCACCCUCAGAUUUGCCCGGGACUCGCGUGGUGUGAGUUUGGGUCGUGCGAGACGUCAGUUCAAUCUGGACAAAUUGAUCGACGAUAUGCGAGCUUCCUAA